AUGUUGACCAGCGAGGAAGUCGAAAAGCAUAACAAUCGAGAAUCGUGUUGGAUUGCCAUUCACGGUUCCGUCUACGAUGUAACAGACUUCCUGGAUUCUCAUCCCGGAGGCCCAGAGGUCCUCCUACGAUGCGCCGGCAAAGAUGCCACCGACGACUUUGAUGCGGUUCACGAUAUCCAGCUAAUGGACCAGUCCCUACCUCCUUCUGCUUGUCUCGGGGGUAUUGACCCAGGUACACUAGCCAAAUCUACGGAUCAGGGGAGCAACGCAUCUCUCCCCGACGAAAAUACACCCCCUCCCCUAACCCACAUCAUCAACCUGCACGAUUUCGAAGAAGUUGCGAAACAGCAUCUCUCGCCUAAUGCCUGGGCAUACUACUCCUCCGGAGCCGAUGACGAAUAUAGCAAGCGAGAAAAUGCGCAGUCUUACCAGCAAGUCCUCCUGCGUCCGCGCAUCUUGCGCAACAUCCCCGCCGUUGAUACUACAACCACGAUCCUGGGACACCAUGUUUCUCUCCCGGUAUACAUAUCAGCUGUGGGACUUGCGAAACUGGCACAUCCUGAAGGUGAAUGCGCCCUUGCCAGGGCUGCAGGAAAAGAAGGACUGGCUCAGGUUCUAGCCAACGGGUCGAGUAUUCCCAUCGAGAAUGUGAGGGAGGCCCGAGUCAACGAUGACCAGCCUCUUUUCUGCCAAUUAUAUGUGAAUCGAGAUAUUAGUAGGUCUGAGGAACAUAUUCGACGGGCUGAAGAGGCCGGAGCGAGUGCUAUCUGGCUCACUGUUGACUCUCCGGUCGUUGGCAAGCGGGAGAUGGAUGAGAGGGUGAACUUGGCCGUUCAGGCCCGCGAUAAUCAAACGAGCGGUGCAGGCGUUGCCAAAACCAGAGCCAGCACUAUCUCUCCUUUCAUCGACUGGGACAUCCUAACCUGGAUUCGCAACCUUACAAAACUCCCGAUAGUAAUCAAAGGCAUCCAGACCGUCGAAGACGCGAUUAUGGCCUACGAAAACGGCGUACAAGGAAUCGUCCUCUCCAACCACGGAGGCAGAUCCCAAGACACUGCGCAACCGCCUCUUCUCACCCUGCUAGAAAUCCGGCGAUACGCGCCGUUCCUACUGCGGAGUCGCAUGCAGAUCUUCAUCGAUGGGGGGAUUCGCCGGGGGACGGACGUGCUCAAGGCGGUCGCGCUGGGUGCUACGGCUGUUGGACUUGGUCGGCCAUUUCUGUAUAGCUUGGCGUCGGGAUAUGGCGAGGAGGGAGUUCGACGGGCGGUUACUAUCUUGAGGCAAGAGAUCGAGGCCAAUAUGGUGUUUUUGGGCGUCACGAAUCUCUCCGAAUUGGGUGAGCAUUUGCUGAACACAGCACGAUUGGAGAGGGAUGUAGCUAGAUUUGUCAAGCUCAUUGGCUCUUUCUACGCCUUCAUCCUGCAGCGAAAUGCAAAUGUUCGGUUGACUGUGGUAGCUAGGUCGAAUUAUGAAGCAGUAAAGAACGAUGGCAUAUUCAUCGAUAGCGCCAACCAUGGGCAGCAUCGCUUUCAUCCAUACGCAGUGGUGAGAUCGCCAUCCGAGCUUACCGGACCAUUUGACUACAUCGUUCUCGCGCACAAAGCCAUCGACCAAGAGGCUGUUGCAUCGCAACUACAAUCCGUCAAAGCAUCGACACUAGUCAUCAUCCAGAAUGGCGUAGGCAAUGAGGAACCGUUUCGGAGAACCCAUUCGGAUAGUUCAAUUGUUACUUGUGUGACAUGGGUCGGCGCAACCCAAAUCCAACCCGGCCAGAUCAAGCACACCCAAUCUGAAGACCUCCAGAUCGGGCUAUAUCCCAAUAGCGCUGUCGACAGCAACCUCGAAGAAUCCCGCCUCUCAACGCUCGCCUCUCUCCUUGAAACAGGCCGCACGCGAUUCCAACUCCUCUCCCCGGCCGAUAUCCAGCGUCAACGCUGGGAAAAGCUCGUUUGGAAUGCAGCCUGGAACUCCACCACUGCAUUGACGAUGGUCGAUACGCAGACGUGGCUACAUUCUUCUCCUGAGGCUACGAUUUCCACGCGCAGAUUAAUGCGGGAGGUGAUCGAUGUCGGUCGUGCAUGCGGUGUGAAGCUGGAGUAUGAUUUGAUUGGCAAAUUGGUGGACAAGAUACUUGGUAUGCCUGGGAUUGGGAGUAGUAUGCAGACGGAUUGUAAAAACGGUCGGCCGUUGGAGAUUGAUGUUAUCCUGGGGGUGCCUGUGAAAAAGGCGAGAGAGUUGGGGAUGGAGACGCCGACGCUUGAGAUGAUUUAUGCAUUGGUCAAGGCUGUUGAUACACGACUACGCGCCAAUAUAUAG